GGUUGUUUUCCGGUGUAAAAUGGAAUUUGCUGCCUCAGGAUAGACGCCUGUAGGGUUGAUUACAGCCAACAUUUUAAUCCACAGAUGUGUUCGUUCUAGCACGACGGACCUUGACUUGGGCAUACAAUGCGAUGUUUGGGUGUUACUUGUGGGAAGUCGGAGCUGUAGCGUCCUCUGUUGCUGUCGAGCGCACACUCGACCCGAGAAAACAAUGCAGGCCUAGCUAACGUUAGCAUCUCUCGCUAGCUGGCGGAAGCUGCUCGGAUAUCUGCUCCAGUGCAUCGCAGUGGGGAUUUAAGCCUUGGACGAACCCGUUUGUUCGACUGUACGAGAACAUACGCCCAGCUAUGACCUCCCAGCUGCAAGUCUUCUCUCCUCCCUCCAUAUCCUCCAGUGCCUUUUGCCGUGUUAAGAAGCUGAAGGUGGAGAACAAUGUUUGGGAUGUGUCCACUACUGAAGCGUACAGCUCCAUAGCAGGCCAGUCUGCAUAUACGUUUACCCCGGCCAUGGCUGUGCCCCCCUUCGCACCGUCCCUGGUCUUCCCCCCUACAGCGCCUGGGUCUCGUGGUCAAGUCGUGGUUCGUGCAGCUGAUAGCACAGGCAGUCUUCCUCGGGGUUCCAGUCGGCGUGUCGCAGAGCAUGCAACAUCCUCCUCCUAUGCUCAUGUUGAGACUGCCUCUGAAGCAAGAGGACAACAUCGACAUGGGCAGAAGCGAAAGAUCGAGGAGACUAAUGAGGGCAGUGGGAGUGGCUGUGGCAGUGUGCAAAUUCUGGAGGAGCUCUCGGCGCCAGCAGCAACGUACUCUACUCGUACGGGCGGUGGCGGUGGUGGCGGGACAGGCCAGUCCAUACCUCACUCGGCUCCAACCACAAAAAGUAGUAGCUCCAACGGUGAAGGAGACUAUCAGCUUGUGCAGCACGAGAUCCUCUGCUCAGUGUCCUGCAGCUACGAAGUGUUGGAGUUCUUAGGAAGGGGCACUUUUGGCCAAGUGGCCAAGUGCUGGAAGAGGGGUACCAAUGAGAUUGUGGCUAUCAAGAUUCUCAAGAACCAUCCUUCAUAUGCCCGCCAGGGCCAAAUUGAGGUGGGCAUCCUGAACAGGCUGAGUGCCGAGAAUGCAGAUGAGUACAAUUUUGUGCGUUCCUAUGAGUGCUUCCAGCACAAGGGUCAUACCUGCCUGGUGUUUGAGAUGCUCGAACAAAAUCUGUAUGACUUCCUGAAGCACAGCAAGUUCAGCCCACUGCCUCUGCGACACAUUAGACCAAUCCUACAGCAGGUGGCGACAGCACUGAUGAAGCUGAAGAGCCUGGGACUGAUUCAUGCUGACCUCAAGCCUGAGAAUAUCAUGUUAGUGGAUCCCCUUCGGCAGCCUUACAGGGUGAAGGUCAUUGACUUUGGAUCUGCAAGCCAUGUUUCCAAGGCUGUGUGUUCAACAUACUUACAGUCCCGCUACUACAGGGCUCCUGAGAUCAUUUUAGGCCUCCCGUUCUGUGAGGCCAUUGACAUGUGGUCUCUAGGCUGUGUGAUUGCAGAGCUGUUUCUGGGUUGGCCCCUGUACCCUGGAGCCUCUGAGUAUGACCAGAUUCGUUACAUCUCUCAGACUCAAGGCCUGCCAGCCGAGUACCUACUGAGUGCAGGCACCAAGACCAGCCGCUUCUUCAACAGAGGCCCUGACUCAAGCUAUCCUCUUUGGAGGCUCAAAACACCAUCAGAGCAUGAAAUGGAGAUGGGCAUCAAAUCCAAGGAGGCUAGGAAAUAUAUCUUCAACUGUUUGGAUGACAUGAUGCAGGUCAAUCUCUCAACUCAUUUGGAGGGGACAGACAUGUUGGCUGAGAAAGCUGAUAGACGAGAGUUUAUAGACCUCCUGAAGAGGAUGCUCCGUCUGGAUGCUGACAAGAGGAUCACACCCACAAAGACUCUGGGUCACCCUUUCGUCACAAUGAGCCACCUCAUGGAUUACCCCCACAGCUCCCACGUGAAGUCGUGCUUCCAGAACAUGGAGAUCUGCAAGCGCCGGAGCACCUACGACAGUAACAAAUCCCUCUACUCCACAAAUGCAGUUCCCAGCGCUGCAGCUGGCAACCUGACUGUUACUUUCAGUAGCCAACUCAACCAGCAUAACCAGGUGCCUUCUGCGGGGGGAGCGGUGCCUUUGCUAAAUUAUCAGCCAGCGCUUUACCAGCAGGCAACCAUCAACAUUCCUGGCUUGACGCAACAAAGUGUUCCUAUUCCAACACGUCCUGCUGGACUGUGUGGCCAGACAGAACCCUUCCAACAGACUCUGAUUGUCUGCCCACCCUCUACAAUUCAAGGCCUACAGUCAUCAAGCAAGAGCUCCAGUUUCCCUGUUAGGAUGGAUAACUCAGUACCUAUAGUACCUCAGAACCAGCCCGCUCAGUCAUUGCAGAUCCAGCCCAGCAUGCUCACACAGGGUUCCUGUACUCCACUGAUGGUGGCCACCCUGCACCCACCAUCAUCAGGCAUAGCCUCCCAGUAUUCUCUACCAGUUGGGCUUGGCACUGGGGUGGGCCGCCCCACCCUUUUGGAGCACACAGCCACUGUGCUGCAGGCCUGGCCCACUGGAACUCAACAGAUCCUCAUCCCAUCAUCAUGGCAGCAGGUCCCGGGCGUGGCCAUUCACAGCUCUGCUCACCAGGCAAAUGUUGCAGAGUCACCGCGGGAAUCCCAUCACUCGGAUGCUGCUACUCAGCAGGCACCCAACUGGAGGAGCACAGCACAACCCAAGACUCAGCCGGAGAGGAAGAAGGUCAAAGCCAGACGAGGAGAGAACAGAAACAGGGGAAUAUCUACUGCAUCAUUGCUCAGCACUAAUGGUGUGACACCAUCCAGCCUCAUCGCCACUUUGUCGCAGCCUAUUGUCAUCUCCGACACCCCCAGCCCAGCGGUCAGCAUCAUAACUAUCCACAGUGACACUGAUACGGAAGAUGAGCGCAAGUUUCAUCCUGCCAGUGUUGGAUUGGGCCAGCGCACCAAUGUUAUCAGCUGUGUGACAGUGCACGACUCAGACUCCUCUACAGCCAGUCCGCUGACUCCUCUUCCCCGCACACUUAACGUAGCCAGCACAGUGUCCUCACGCCAGGCUAAGUCUCUGGCUGUGGUGGCACCCUCAGUCAAAGUUCAUGCAUCAGAGAGAGGAGCAGCUUCACGUAGCCGCCCAGAGACUGUGAACUACAUGAAGCCCAAGAGAACAUCUAAUCAGCAGCCAAGUAGUUCAGGGGAGAAUCUGGAGCGUCACGGGCUGAUGCUGAGCCAGUCGCGUCCCUUAAACCUCAGCCAGGUCCAGCCCAUGGUGUCUUCAUCUCAGGAGCGCGCAGGCGUAUCCCACAGUGACUCAUCCUUACGUCGCCAACAGACGUUCGCUCCGGCCGCCUCGGCCUCGCAGUACAACUUCCCCGAGGUGUCCGCGCUGGCCUCGGCCGCAGGACCCAGCCUGUACACCUACCCGGCCUCCACCGCCCUCUCGUCCGCCUCUCAGGUCAUGGAGCAGCUGCUGGGCCGUGGCACAACAGCAGGACACUCCCCCUCCGCCUAUGCAGCAACAUACACCUCCUCCUCCUCCAGGAGAGACUCGGCCAGCCGUAAGGACUCGGUCAGCAGUCUGCUGCACGGCCUGCCUGCAGUCUACCAGCAGCAGUUCACUGCUGCCUCUCCUUACGUGAGUGUGACUCCGCGGUCCGAGGCCUACAGUGCCUACCAGCUGAGCCCCAGACGCCUCACGCAGUACCCCUACCUAUAAGACUAGGCACAAAAUAAUUAACUUCUUCCUCACAUAGCACCACAAAGGGAUGACUGUCACUUAUAUGAUUGCUGCUUUUCAUUACAAGGCUUCAAUGUCAUCUCUUAAACAAUUAUUUUCCCGUAAAAAUGCCCAUAUUUUGUCAUCCAUUUCGUUUUAGGAUGUUCAUUUAAGGCACUGUGGUCAUUGUGUUUUACACCAGUGUAUUUGUGUAAGAGAGACUCUGCUCCUGCCACAAACUGUGACGACACUUGAGGCCAACUUCCUGUCGCCUGACUCAAUGCUAGUGAAGGAUUAGCUGUCACUUAUUUGAUUCCCCCACACACUAAUCCAGUGACUCCCUGUGUUUUAGCUAACCUAAUGAUACUGUACUUGACCCUCGUCUGUUUACUCACAUUUGUCUUUUUGCUAUGUUUAAUUUAUGUUUUGUCUGUGUAAGGUAGGAAGAGGACGACGUUGGUUUUUAGCUGCAAAAGGUGGCACAAAUGUGAUGGCUCAGUGUUAAUUUAAGUGCACAUGUGAUAGUGUGUUUAUGUAGUGACAGUGUUUUAGGCCAGAUGCACCAUGCAAUAGUCUCUCUUUUUAACUGCAUCAACUGAGUGCUGAAUGUAUUUAUCAACUCCAAGCAAGAUCACCAUGCUGACAAAUGACGUGAAAAGCUUUUUGGUUUUAUUGGGUUUUUUCUUUUUAAAAGGAAGAAAAAUAGGAACAUUAUUUUCUCAGACAUAACCUAUUAAAUGCUACUUUAGCUGUCCCCUGUUAUGUAGAACAGCUUCAUGGAUUAUAGGCCAGUUUUUAUGUUUUUAAAAAACAUUAAUUCAGGUGAGGGAAUGCUUGCUAGUUAUAUCAUCACUGCUGAAGGUUGGCACAAAGGCUUUUGGUUGACAAUGGUUGAGUCAAAAAUAUGAAUUGAAAAUGUGCAGGUAAGAUUUGGAGGGUUUUUUUCUUCCAAAUGACUGCAGUCAAGUCUUACGGUUACUGUGGGUGCUGAAAGCUUUUUAGUCAAUC